AUGGCGACCGCAAGCGAGGAAAAUGCAGGGUCUAACCUUCAGGUAGACUUUGUCCUCCACUACAGCUUCGGGGAUGUCGACCAACCAGAGGCGGUCGAACAGCUUCAGAAGCUGCUACGCACUCUCGCCGAGGUCGGCCUGCAGACCGAAGUUCGACAGGGCGACGAGGCCUCUUUGCUCAUCUUCGUGCGAGCUUCCAAGCAUCAGCUGAAGCGGGCGGUGUACCGAUCGCGAGUCCGCGACUGGCUUUAUGGAAUUCGUCAUGCUGAGCCCGAACCUGCCGAUGCGAUCGAUCCCCACGCCGAGACCGAGGCCGAGCGACUACGGGUGAUCAACCACAUGAUAACCCUUCCCACCCAGGAAGGAGGUGCCGGUAUCACCCCGCAACAUGGAGAAUGGAAGAACGUCAUCGCCGUCUUCCCGCUGCACGACCAGGAGACAAACGGACGAUGGAUGCGCGAGUGGAGCCAGAAGACCUUCCUCUCUGAAGAUGACCUGGACCAGAUCCGCAAUAAAUUCGGAGAAAGCGUCGGCUUCUAUUUUUCCUUCCUCCAGGCAUACUUUCGCUUCCUCAUCUUUCCCGCAGUUUUCGGUUUCGGGUGCUGGUUUUUCUUGGGCGGCUACUCCAUCAUCUACGCCAUCGUCAAUUCGCUCUGGUGCAUAGUCUUUGUGGAAUAUUGGAAAAGCAAAGAAAUCGACCUUCGAUGUCGCUGGCAGACUAAAGGCGUCUCGGUCGUCCAGACCAAGCGGCGUCAGUUUAAGCCGGAGAAGGAGGUUCGCGACGAGAGCACCGGUGAAGUUCGAGGCGUUUUCCCAGCCACCAAACGCAUGCAAAGACAGCUACUCCAGAUCCCAUUUGCAUUCCUUGCUGCAACCGCUCUGGGUGCCAUCAUAGCGACUUGCUUCGCGAUUGAGAUCUUCAUUGCAGAGCUAUAUAAUGGACCCCUGAAGUCAUAUUUGGUUUUCAUUCCAACCAUCCUCGUCUCUGCACUGGUUCCGACCAUGAGUGCUGUCUUAGUGUCCGUUGCGACAAAACUCAAUGACUACGAGAACCACGAGACGAAUGAUGCAUACGAUGUUGCACUGACCCAAAAGGUCUUUGUUAUUAACUUCAUGACAUCUUAUCUACCAGUCUUCUUGACGGCCUUUGUAUAUGUGCCCUUUGCUAGCCGCAUCGUCCCUUACCUGGAUGUCUUCCGCCUGACCGUGCGGCCCUUUGUAUCCAAGGAGCAUUCCAAUGCCAAGAGAUCGCAUUUCCAAAUUGAUCCUGCCAGACUUCGAAAUCAGGUCAUCUAUUUCACGGUGACCGCUCAGAUCGUCGGAUUUGCUAUGGAAACUAUCGUUCCCUACAUCAAGCAGCAUGCCUUCCGAAAGUACAAGGCCUACAACAAGAAGCGCAACGGCAAAGCCGAGCGCAACGGCGAGAAAGAGUCCCCCGAGCGGCCGUUGCCAGUAGUCUUCGACGACCCAGCGGAAGAAGUCAAGUUUCUCACCCGGGUCCGCAACGAAGUUGAGCUACCCGAAUACGAAGUCACCGACGAUUUGCGGGAGAUGUGCAUCCAGUUCGGUUACCUGGCGCUCUUCUCUCCAGUUUGGCCCCUGGUCCCCGUUUCAUUCUUUGCCAACAACUGGGUGGAGCUUCGAUCGGACUUUUUCAAGAUCUGUAAUGAGUUCCGCCGACCCACGCCGCUCCGGUCUGACACCAUUGGACCCUGGCUUGACACACUCGGGUUUCUCUCUUGGACGGGCAGCAUUACCAGCGCUGCUCUCGUCUAUAUGUUCAGUGGGAACGCGCAGCACGGUCCCAAUGGGGAACCCACGGAUAUCAAAGGAUGGGCACUGCUUCUUACCAUCUUCUUCUCAGAGCAUCUCUAUCUGGCGAUCCAGUAUGUUGUGCGGAUUGGCUUUUCCAAGCUCGAGCCCCCAAAUGCUCGCAAGGAGCGCGCUGAACGGUAUCUUAUGCGCAAGCGAUAUCUCGAAUCUACAUUGAAUGUGCAGAAUGACGACGAGAGCCCUGCAAACACCUCUGAAGUGCUAGGAUUGUCGCGUGCUGCCCUUGAGGAGGAGGCUCGACAGACUACUUUGCAGGAGACAGACCCUGCCGAGCGCUUCUGGAUGCGCCAGCAAGGCUGGAAGGAGUCUGCUCAGGUGGGUACUGGUAUCAUCCAAGCCCAGACUGCAGGAACCACCAAGAAGCAGCAAUAG